CGCGACAGCGGCAGAAACGAAAGCUGGCCAGAUUAGCCGCACAGUCAAGCGCACGCGUUGGGCCGAGCCUGUUGGCGCGCAUGGUCCCAAGAUCCACGCCGCGCUGCGCCCCAGCGACCACUGCUCGCCGUUCAUCCUGCUUGACCACGCCUCGAUGCCCCGCGAGACCGGCUUCCCAGACCACCCGCACCGCGGGCUGACGACCGUCACGAACAUUCUGCAGGGGCAGUGGGCGCACGAGGAUUUCCUCGGCAACUGCGGCACGCUGCAGCCCGGCGAGGUGCAGUGGAUGUCAGCGGGGCGGGGCAUAAUGCACUGUGAGAUGCCGGUGCAUGAUGGGCCAAACGCUGUGGAUCCGGUCGCACUGCAGUUGUGGGUUGACCUGCCGGCGGAGAAAAAGAUGGUUCCUCCGAGCUAUCAAGGGCUGAAGAAGGAGGAGAUUCCCGUUGCGCGCCCGAGCGAAGGCGUCGAGAUUGGGGUCAUCUCGGGCGAGAGCCACGGUGUCGUGAAUGAAAAGCGCGAGGUGGCGCUAGGCGGGACGUGGUGGUUGGACAUCAAGCUGUCCAAGCCAGGGGCGAAGGUCUGGCAGCCCAUCCCAGCGGGAUGGACGGCAUUUAUCUACAUUGUCGAGGGGAAUCUUCAGGUUCACGAGGGCGCGCCCAUCGACGAGCAGAACACAGCCAUCCUAACUAAAAACUCUGAAGAAAACGGCGUGCUCCUCCGCUUGCCCAGCGGCGAUAGUCGCCCCACGCGGGCGGCGCUGUUCGCUGGCCCGCCGCUUGACCAGGCCGUUUACACGCGUGGGCCAUUCGUGAUGACGAAUAAGAAGGACGCGUAUGCUGCUGUGGACGACUUUAAUGCGCGCCGCAACGGGUUUGAGAAUGUUGAGGGGUGGCGGAGCUCCAUUGGCAAGGGAAUGCGGAUCCGUUUCCCAGAGAUCGGCAUUAAAUAGCUCGGAGAUGCGGCUAGUGGAACAGCCAGGGCGAUGAGACCCCGUUUCGCAAGGAGAGCUGAUUAUGAUUGAAUUGUAGCCCGAUAAGCUUACCCACCAUUGGGCCUUGCAAAAGUUCCUCAG